AUGAAGUCAAUAGCGAGAUCGACACACUUCUCGCUAGCUCAUCUUACCGUGAGAUUGCGAAAUGCGGUCGUUACAGCAACCUCGAGGCGUGCAGCUCUCCCUUCGUAUCAAGUCGCGUUGUCGUCGAGGACUUUCGGAUCGACCACGGUCUCCUCCGCGACAUCUUCAUCCUCAUCAUCCGUACAAGGGAGUGUUGAGAUCGAAGACAAGAAGCCGAAACGCAAACGCCGGACAAGAGAAGAAAUUGAGGCAGCAAAAUUGGCCAAAGCGGCGUUUGGUGUACCCAUUCGCAGUCAUCGGAGGACGAGGAGAGCUCUCAGUGGUACAACUGUCGCACAAGCUGAAGAAAAUCCAGAGCAGCGUGCUGGAAAAGCUUCCUCUAAGGAUCUGAUUCCGGAAGGCCAAGUGAAUCAAAAAAGCCGAAGCGUUCGCCUCCCCGUAUCGGAAGAAGGUGCGGCCGAACAACCACUAAGCGCAGAAACGAUGGAGGAGCUAUUAUUGCACAUGACGUACGAUCAUCUACCACCCCGCAACGAAUGGAAGGAGGAGUUUCCGAUCUCUAAACAACAUCUGACGAGCUAUCGGUACUUUGUGAGCAAUCGCUCCACCAUUCAGGACAUUAUCUCGCAUCUCGGCAUCACAGCCCCGGAGCGUAAUGGGGAGAAGGUGACUGUCGUUGAAGGAUAUUCUGGUCCGGGCUUGUUUGCUAGCGAAUUGCUCAAGAUGCCUCAAGUGGAAAAAGUGAUUGCAUUGGAAGCCACGCCGUGCUACCUGAAACGGAUCGAGCUGCUCAAAGAAAAGUUGGAUGAAAAGCAACCUGGUGCAGGUGCAAGGCUUGAUACGUUGACAGAAUCAGCUUAUUUGUGGGAUACGUACAGUCACCUCGUAUCUUCGGGAAAGCUGGCACAUCUCAAUAACCGCGUCUUGACUUCGGAUGGAAGGACGGUUGACUUUACAACCAACGAGUUUGUCACUGGUGCUCACUCGGAUGCGAGCUGGCAGAAGCUCUCGCCUGUGAUUUUUUUCACUCAGCUGCCCAAUACGGUCUACGGUGAGCAGCUGUUUGCACAAAUCGUCACGGCCAUCGCCACUCGAAGCUGGCUCUUUCGACACGGACGUAUUCAGCUCGGCUUUGUCUGUGGCGAAUCUUUAGCAAAGCGUUGUGUCGCUGAAGCGGGCGACAGGAUGUUUCGAGGAAAGCUGGGUACUACGGUGCAAUGUCUCGCCGAUGUCCAAGUGCAUCGCUACGCAGACGAUCUGUCGCCUCACACGCAUCACUUUUUCCCUCCCACCAUGAGUGUCGGUCCACGCGUCACGGUAGCCGGCUCAUCGAUCAUCCCCAACAGCAAUCCAUCCACCGGCCUCACGCGCACAGGAAUGGCCAUGAUGACAGUGACACCCAAAGCCAUGCCGCUGGUGAAGCCCAUGGAAAUCGAAGCAUUCGAGUUUAUCGCGCGCAAUCUUUUCAUUUUGCGCACCAAACCUGUCGCUGCUGCUUUGACGCACGUCGCUCCCGGCGGUCAAAAUGUUCUCAAGAUGACCAGCCCACAACAAGUGGAAAAGGGCCUCAUUAGGGAGGACGAGGUGAUUCUGCCGGAAGAGGUUGUCAGCGAUCUGACCAAUGUUCAAUGGGCUUGUUUAGCACGAAUGUUUGAAAAGUGGCCUUUCCGUCCGAGGCACUUGUUUGAAGAGGGCAGAAUCAAGCCGGAUAACAAGCGCCGCAAUUAG